GCAUACAUACAUACAUUUUUAGAUAUUUCUCAGAGAUUUUCUUUACAAGACUGCACUUCAUUUCUUCUCAAAACAUACAUAUGUACAUAUAUUCUGCGAAAUAGUUGAUACCGUUAUUUUCACAUAAUAAUGAGCACCAGAGUGUGUGUGUUGUUUGUUCGUUAAAGAUUUGUUUGUUAAUUAGCCCUUUUCCCAACCAUGAAGCAAAUAAUAGAAAAUAUCAAUCCCGAUGAUGAGAGUGAAGAUGAUAUGGAAGAUGACGUGGAAGCUGAAGCCGAUGCUGCUGAUUCCCAAGAGGACGAGGGAGAUGAAUUAGAAGAUGAUGAAGAUGAACCACCAGAAACAAAUGCAGCCAAUAAAUCACUGGGAGGAGGCGUGAAAAAAAUUGCUAUAUCACAACCAACAACAACCACUGCUGCUGCUUCCACUACAAAUGGCGUAACAAAAAAAUCGAAUUCCAAAAUUUCCGAUUUAGUGGAUGAAGCCAUUAAACAUCUCAACGAAAGAUCAGGCUCCUCUAUAGUGGCCAUAGCUCGCGUCAUUGUUCUCAGGCAUCCAGAAAUGGAAUCCUCCAAACGUUUGCCUCUCCAGAUCAAGCGUUAUGUGAAACUAUGCCUCGAUAACGGUACAAUGACGCAAAUAAAGAGAUCAUUUAAAUUUACCAAAAAAUAUGAGACCGAAAAGAAAAGACUGGUAAAGGAGCGUGAAAAGGCGCGUCAAGUGAAGCUGAAGGAGAAGCAAAAGGAAAAGAAAAAAUCAAAAAAAGCUACCAAAGAUGACAAACCCAAAACCAAUUCGAAAAAGGACACUGAAUCUAUCAAAAAACGGACAGCCGAUACCAACAAAGAUGCCAAAGGAACGAAACCAACAGCUAAGAAACCUAAGGUGGAUAAAAUGACAAAUGGCAGUAAAGCAGAUGAUGGGAUCAAAACAAAAAAAUCUUCCAAGAAGGCAGCAAAAACACCAGCCGAAAAGGCUAAAUCGAAAAUGAAAGCUCGUAAAUCGAUCAAUUUGGUAGUCAAUUCAACUCUUCCGCGACCAAAAUCUUUGAAAAAUGCAAAAUCGACAAUUGUUGCGGCUUCAAACAAGAAAAAGAAAGCUGUCGCAGAAGCUGUUAAAACUACUGCUACUAUCAGUGCCGCUGGUGGCUCUGGAAAAGGAAAACGCAAAUAGUUGGUGAUUUGUUGUAUGGAUCGUUCUUAUAUGUAUGUUCUUUUUUAAACUAUUUAAUAGACUUAAUUUUCGAAUUUAUAUCCAAAACUUUAAUAAAAUUUUUUUUUUAUGUGGUAUUUUAUAUUAAA